GUUGACAGCGUGGAUGAUGCUGAGGAGAGAGAGCAUCCUCCUCCGCGGCAGGUCUCCUCUCCGGCAGGCCGUGUGUUCUGGUAGAUGUGAUGUCAGAAAGAUAAUUAAUAUUAUUACGUUAUUUUAUUAACGUUAGCUCAGUUUGCUGCCGGUGAUCUCCCGCUUCAGGCUCCAUGGUGGAUUUAUCAGAAAGUGCUGCAGUGUCGCCCGGACACAGCAGACACGGACAGCAGGGCUCCGGCUCCGGUAACAACGGGAGGAAAACGUCGAAAAAGUCGCGAACGAGAAGAGGGAAACGAGGCAGGAGGAGACGGAAUAAAAAGAACAACAGGAACAAUAAAACGCCGCCACCGUAUUUACCACCGGAGGCUGAAGAAGGAAACAUUGAAUAUAAGCUGAAGCUGGUCAACCCCACUCAGUAUCGCUUCGAGCAUCUGGCCACGCAGCUGAAGUGGCGCCUGCAGGAGGGUCGCGGCGAGGCCGUCUACCAGAUCGGAGUGGAAGACAACGGCCUGCUGGUCGGCCUGACCGAGGCCGACAUGAAGGCCUCGCUCAGGACCUUAAAGAGGAUGGCAGAGAAGGUCGGAGCUGACAUCACUCUCCUCAGAGAGAGGGAGGUCGACUACGACUCCGACAGAAACACCAGAAAAAUCGCAGAGGUCCUCGUUCGAAAGGUUCCAGAUGACCAGCAGUUCCUGGACCUGCGCGUGGCGGUGCUGGGGAACGUGGACUCGGGGAAGUCGACCCUGCUGGGCGUCCUGACGCAGGGCGAGCUGGACAACGGCCGAGGACGAGCGCGCCUCAACCUCUUCAGACAUCUGCACGAGAUCCAGACGGGACGAACCUCCAGCAUCAGCUUCGAGAUCCUCGGCUUCAACAGCAAAGGAGAGGUGGUGAACUACAGCGAGUCUCGGACAGCGGAGGAGAUCUGUGAGAGCUCCUCCAAGAUGAUCACCUUCAUCGACCUGGCCGGACACCACAAGUACCUGAAGACGACCAUCUUCGGCCUCACCAGCUACUGCCCCGACUUCGCCAUGCUGGUGGUGAGCGCCAACACGGGCAUCGCCGGUACGACCCGGGAGCACCUGGGUCUGGCCAUGGCGCUGAAAGUUCCCAUCUUCAUCGUGGUCAGUAAAGUGGACCUGUGUUCUCGCGGCACCGUGGAGCGAACCGUCCGACAGCUGGAGCGAGUCCUGAAGCAGCCGGGAUGCAACAAGGUUCCCAUGGUGGUGUCGAGUCCCGACGACGCCGUGACGGCCGCGCAGCAGUUCACACAGUCUGCAUGCAUCACGCCCAUCUUCACCCUGUCCAGUGUGUCUGGAGAGAGUUUGGACCUCCUGAAGGUUUUCCUCAACAUCCUUCCUCCACUGAGCAACAGCAAAGAGCAGGAAGAGCUGAUGCAGCAGCUCACUGAGUUCCAGGUGGAUGAGAUCUACUCGGUUCCUGAUGUUGGGACUGUGGUGGGAGGAACUCUGUACAGCGGAGUGUGUCGGGAGGGCGAGCGGCUGGUGGUCGGUCCGACAGACGAGGGUCGUUUCCUGCGUCUGAAGGUUGGAAGCAUCCAGAGGAACCGCUCGGCCUGCAGGGUGCUGAGAGCCGGACAGGCCGCCACGCUGGCUCUGGGGAGCUUUGACCGCUCGCUGCUACGCAAGGGGAUGGUGAUGGUGAGUCCUAAGAUGAAUCCAACCAUCUGCUGUGAGUUCGAAGCCGCCAUCGUCCUUCUCUUCCACGCCAAGACCUUCCGCCGGGGGUCACAGGUCACCGUUCACGUCGGCAACGUCCGGCAGACGGCAACCGUGGAGUGCCUUCACGGGAAGGACGAGCUGCGAACGGGCGAGAGAGCCGUCGUUCGCUUCCGCUUCAUCAAACAUCCCGAGUACCUGCGACUGGGCGCCAAGCUGCUCUUCAGGGAAGGCGUCACCAAGGGCAUCGGCCACGUCACCCGCCUCCUGCCCACCUCCCAGAACCACGACCAGAACCAGAACCAGAACCACGACCAGAACCUGCAGGAGCACUGAAGACCUCCUUCGUCCUCCGGCGACAGAUGAAGGAGCUCCCGUGAGAACUCGGGACCAGUCGGACGUCACAUCGAUGCAUCUCUGAUUAACGGGUUAACUCUCCCGCCACAUGUCGGCGCAUUAAUCCUCCCCGUCUCGGAUCUAUAGUUCUGUUCUGCUCCUGCUGUGAUGUCACAGUCUAAACUCUUCUGGAAACGAGUCCAUCAUCAUCAUCUCAUCUUCUUCUUCUUCCUCCUCCUCCCUGCAGCUCAAUCUGCUGCUCGGCUGCUCGCCCGCCGGGCCGUUCGUUUGUGUCCUGGAGUUAAAGCCGGCUGACCUCUGCGGACUUAAGCCCGGACGCUUAAUCUGAUGUUGUGCCACAGAUUGAUUUAAGAGGCUCCUUUUUAUCUGCGCUGCUGUCAUGAGAAGAUGGCAGGAUUAUAUCUGAGGAACGCUUUUGAAGAGCUUACGUGUCGACUGCUGAUGAGAUGAGAUGUGAGCUGAAGAUUCAUCUCCCGACACGUCCACAUGCUCAGACUGGACGUGAAACUGAAUGUGAGGAUGUUCUUUUGAAGUGGACAGAACAUUUACGAUGGUUUUGCAUGUUUCAGCUCGUCGACUUCACAUCAUAAAGAUUCUCUGCUGAGUAUUUUCCCUCCAGUUUGGUGUCAGGGAUCUUUUUUUUUUUUUAUUUGUGUGCACAAACAAGUCAUUUUUGCUCUCGAAUCAGCUCCAAGUUGUAGUUUUUUUAAAGAAAUAAAGUGUUUUUCAUACAGCAGUGAAAGCUAACGCUGCAACUAUUAUUAUUUAUAAUUUCCCAGAAUUCAAACUGAUGCCUUUAAAUGUGUUGUUUUGUCCAACAAUCCAAAUAUAUUUAGUUUACAAUGAUACAGAACAGAGAAAACAUUAUAGAAGUCAGAUUUGACCUCUUAAACACACAAUGAUGUGUUAAACAUGUUUUAUAGGAUAACAGCUUGAGUAACAUUAUGUUAAUUCCUUAACUAUUAACUCAAAAUAUUAACUUUAGCGCAUGAAUUACUGAUCUGUGGAUACAGUCAUGGAGGUGAAGUCAACUUCAGUCUUUAACUUCGGUGAAGUUUGAGGUGAAUUAGCGUCGCUGAACAAACCGUCUCAACACUGAAGAGACAAAGAGUCCAAACUAGAGAACGUUAUGAUGUUCAUGACUGCAACUAACGAUUGUUUUCAUGAUCAAUUAAUCAAUUAGGUGUUUGGUCCAUAAAACUGCAUCUCUGCAGCUAAUUUGAAGACAACUAGUUGUAACGAGCUGCUACAGUCACUGAUUCUGACGGGCUGAUAUAUUUAUGAUUAUCAACAAAUGAUCAUUUUCAUUGUUAAUUAAUCUGCAGUUUUAUUCUCUCAGUUAAUCUUGUUAAUGUCAGAAAACAGUGUAAAUGCUCGUUAUAAUUUCUUAUAACGAGCCUCGUUUUGUCUGAUCAACUGUUCAAUACAGAAACAUCAAAUCAAGCAGCAAAUAUUUGAUAUUUCUGCUUUUAAAUAAAAUGACUGAAAUGAUUAUUGGAUUAUUAGAGUAGUUGCAGAUUCAUUUAUUAAAGCUUCAACUAACGAUACAAAUUCAUGUCUUGAAGCAAACUCUGUUCAUUUGGAUGAAUUUUAAAAUUUCAGGUCACUUAUUGGAGAUCAUAUAUGACUCAUUUAUUAACUGGAGAGCAUAAAUUACUUAUCUGUGUGUUCAAGUUUUUAAAAGAAAAGUAUUCUUGACACCUGCAAACAUUCCACAAGAGUUUAGACUGAUGAGGUUUUUUUAGGAUUCGGUGGAAACGUGAAAUGAUUUUUAUCCUGCAGCUCAUCGUCUUCUUCUCUGUUCUUUUGCACUUUAUCCAGUUUGAAUCCUGUUAAAUCAAUCACACGUCGACUUCUUCACCCUCUUUGUUUUGCAGUUUGCUUUAUUUUCUUUCUGGCAGCGACUUCGACAGAUGAUAUGAACCACAUUCUGGAGGUUGAUGGAUUCUCUGAACUGGUUUCUAUUGGUGGAAUACUGGAGGAAGAUAAAAGUUUCAUUAUGUAAAUGUGUUCUGGGGGAUGAAACGCUCCAAACGCCGAGGUUUUCCCUUCACAUCACAGCCUUACUGUACAUUCAUCACCGUCUGUUCAGCCCUUAAUAAAACCUGUCAAAUUCUGCAGGAAAAAUCUGCAUUUUUACAAACGACUGACACUGAAAUAUUUGCAUCUUGGGUUUCCAGUUUCUUUCUGAAUGAUCAGUUCAUGUUUAGUGACCAUAUAAAACAGCUUUUCCCAGCUAAACAUAACCUGCAUGCUCACUGACUGGCAGAGAAAAAAAACCCUCUAAUUCUCAUUUCAAGAUAGAAAAUAUGUAUAUGUAUGAAGUUUUUUUUUUUGUUUUUUUUUUGAGGUUCUGUGCAAUUGAAAACCUAAAUAUUGAAUGUACUUUCCAUUGAUCCUGUGUAGCAUUUGAAACUGCUUAACUGUUCGGAUGGAGUUACUGUCGACUUUGCACUUUGUCUUCUGGUUCUGCAUGUGUGUCGAUGCAGCGCUGAGACACAUUUAAACAUGAGAGUGGAUUUUGUUUUUCCUGACCGUCCCUCUAGUUAAUAAAUAAACUGUUACAGUGA